AUGCAGCCCUGGGAAGAGAUCGCGUCUCGGUGUCAAUCCGAUCUUCUUAAUUCCAUCCCUCAGAGAUGGAGACUUUCUACCAGGCCAAGCUCAACGGAUGUGCGCGACGUACCCAGAAGCUGCGGGCUUCUCACCCAGGACCAACUCAAAAUUACUGAGAUGACAGCCGCUGAAUUGGUAUCUCAACUAAGCAGCGGCCAGUUGUCAUCGUUUGAAGUGACAGAAGCCUUUUGUGCUCGAGCAGCAAUCGCGCACCAAUGUGUUAAUUGUCUUACGGCUUACUUCUAUGAGGAGGCAUUACAGCGCGCACAAGAGCUUGACAGAAUCUUCAAAGAGACUGGGAAGGUUGUUGGCCCGCUGCAUGGAUUGCCUAUUGCUGUCAAAGACUACUUCCACAUGAAAGAUAAGGCUGGUACAAUGGGUCUGAUUGCAUGGCACGAUAAAAUAUCAGACUCCGAUGCAUCCAUUGUGCAAUUGCUCAAAACCGCUGGUGCUAUUCCAUUUGCCAGGACUACGAUGCCGCAGACUGGCAUGCUUCUCGAAACUGUCAGCAACCUCUGGGGACGGACUCUAAAUCCAUUCAACACCAAUUUCUCCGCAGGGGGCUCGUCAGGAGGCGAUGGAAGUCUCGUUGGCAUGCAUGGGUCUCCUUUUUGCCCUUCCACGGAUAUCGGUGGCAGCAUCAGAGCCCCGGCAACAUUCAACGGGCUAUAUGGCAUUCGGCCCACAGCGGAAAGAAUACCAAAGUCUGGUAUGAUCACCACAGCACCGGGUCAAAUCUCUGUAAAAGUCUCGUGCGGACCGGUCUGUCACAGUGUUGCUGAUAUCAAGCUCGUGACAAAGAUACUGCUGACCCAUUACGAUUAUAUUGGAUACGAGCCGACUGCUGUACCAAUGCCAUGGAACGACAAUGUCAUAACUGCAAAGAAAUUGUCAUUUGGCUUAAUGCGCACAGAUGGAUGCGUAACGCCUCAGCCUCCGACUGCGAGGGCGUUGGUUGAGACUGCGGAAGCCCUAAAGGCUGCUGGGCAUGAAGUCGUCGAAUUCGAUCCGCCUUUUGACUUCUGGGAAGCUUCACAAGUUGUAUGGAAACUGUACUUCCAAACAGGCGCAAAAGAAACAAAAUCCGUAAUCGCAUCGGCUGGUGAACCACUGAUGAAAAGCUACGAGUGGUACUUGGAUACUUUCAAAGUCAAAGGAUUGACAGUGGCAGAACUUUUUCAACUCAACACCAAGCAAACAGGUUAUAAAAAGCUAUUUGCCCAAGCCUGGCAGAAUACUCAGCAUUUGACAAGCACCGGACGAUCUAUCGACGCCCUAAUCUGUCCCUGUGCACCAUCAGCGGGGUUCCCUCAUGAUUUCCCAAUAUGGUGGGGAUAUUUUUCAAUCUGGAAUCUCCUAGACUACCCCAGCACCAUAUUACCACUGAAGAAGUUCAAAAUCGAUACCACAAAAGACAUAAAGGACUCCAACUAUGUUCCCAAAGAAAACGUGUUUGAUAGAAUGAACUGGGAGAUUUAUGAUCCUCAACUGUGGUCAAACCAGCCGGUCUCCAUUCAGAUUGUACGCCCGCCGUUCACCGAUGAAGAAUUGAUUGAGGUCACUAGCGAAGUUGAUAAAGUAUGCAAUGCAUCCUAGACACAUAUAUACAGUAGAACCUGGCUAUAACGAAAGGAAGGCCGCUCCACAUUUCUACUAAUAUCAACGUGGAUAACUUUAAUAUGGAACUGAAGAGUCUCUGAGUUAUUAACACUAAAAUGGAUUAAUAUAUGGAGGUGCUUUUUAUCCCUAAAUCGAACUCACUUCUGGAUGUAAAGACUUAGGCCCUGAGAGGCCAUCUGUUCGUUAUAACCAGGUUCUUCUAGUUAUCAA